CGUUCCGGCAAGAGAAGUCGCAAAGAGAACCCUCCUCUAUUACGUCCUCGGCACGGAAGUCAACCGCUGGUGCCGUCUGGAUUUUGACAGUAGGCUCUGAAUUUGAAGUCAGGAAAUUCCUCCUCCCUGAGACCCGUGAGAAUAACACUUCGACAGUCAAAUCAAACAGGAACAUGAGUGCACAACAACCUCCAGCGGAGCCUUUGACCUGGGGGAAAGCCGCUCAAGCCGCCGCUCAAACAAGCUAUCCAGCAGAACCUUUCCCAGGCGACAUGAGCACUCGACCCUAUUCGCCAACAACAGCCAACAGACCUAUAUUCGAAUCCCGUGCGCCAGUCUCAAAGCCCAACGCCCAGUCUUCUAGCGGUUCAAGGCAACAGAGACCCACAGGUCUCGGUCCCCACCCCGCCGGCAUGAAGAGCCAAACAUUUUUCAAGCGACCUCCGGCCACAGCCCGAGCACCUCGCGCCAAGGUCGAUAUUGGUGCUGUGCCACCGAUGGCGAAGGAAGUGCGUGAGGCCCUCGGAUGGGGAGCCGUCACUCAUGAAAAACCGGUGAUGGCAGCGUGGCCUCCCUUGCCGAAAGAUCAUGUCGUCCCCAGCAUCAAAACUCUCUGGGAAGAAGCUGUAGCUCAACCGGAACCUGUGCUUGGCGCGCAUGGAAAGGUUGUCCCUGGCAGUGGAGGAUUGCCGACGAAGGGCGGGACAAAUGGCAAAACUGGAACGUUCGAAAUCGGAGACUUCAGGCCAAAGACCACUUCGGUCCCGUUCCCGCCCGUCACCGCUCGUGCCCUUCGACCGAAUACGACGGCGGUUUCUCGGAUUGUUAACGGCAAUGUUGCAAUCAAUGGGAAAGCGGCUACCAGUGGUGCUUCCCAACAGCCCGCUACUGGAUCAAGGAAUUCCUCUCCGUUACCGAACGCUCCAGCAAGGAAGGCCUCGCCGUCUCCCAACGAUCGGCCACCCAAGCCCCCGUCUCCGCAACCGACGACAAGGCAGACCAUUGCCACCGAGAUCAAAACAUCAGCAACUUCCUCGACAAAGCCCGUGUCCAACGGUGCCUCUCUGCAGCCAGCGACGAAGUCUUCCAGCACUGCCGAUGUCAAUGCAUCUUCGAGACGCUUGGACGAAGCUUGGGGACCCAACGACUUCCAUGCGGCCGCACCCAUAAACCCUACGGUCACUCCCAAACCAAGGGAACCUGUCAAAAUUACACCCGUGGACAACGAGGUGCCAGUCAAACUUGUACCGGUGACGGAAACAAAAGCUGAUACCCUUCCUCAACAAAGCGGGAACAGCUCAAAAGCCAAGCUCGAUACCCCGACGGUGACCGCCCAACCUACGGCCAGCGCGGCACCAGCAAUACCAACCCCCAAGAAGCAACCAAUGCCAGAAGUGGUCUAUAUCGAAGAAGACUGGGAUCAAGACUGGCACGCGAUCGAUAAUGAGCCGAAAACAGAAGUUGUGGAGCAGCGUGUGCCGACCCAGCCUGUGCCAACCGCGCCUGUGAAGCCUUCUUUCGAUGGGGAGAUUAUUCGAGUGGGAAACGAGUUCUAUGAGGAGGAUCCUGGUGGGUUUGAGGUUCGAAGGCGGGUAAGAGCCGCGGCCCCCAAAGCGAAGGUCGAGGAGGCCGAUGUAGGGGUCGACGAGGCUGUUGCGAAAAUGGAAGGAGAAGAGGGGGAAAGGGAGCCUGGCGCUGUGGGGAACACUUCCAAGAUGGCAGAAAAUCCUUCGAAACCCACCGCCAAAAUGUCCGCAAAAGAUGAGAAGUUAGAGGAGCGGAAGUCAGGCGAGCAACAAGGCGAGAAAUCCUCAGCCGUUCAAAUCAACGAGGAGAAAGAAGCGGCAGGAACGGACGAACCAGCAAAAAUCGCGACAAACGACUCGAUAGGCAUGCAAGCGACGGCGUCCGCGGCAGAAGGAGACGCACAAGCAUCACUCUCCGCAUGCGAUCCCGCCACAGUCUCCUCCAUCUCACGUUCAGCACCUGUCGCCCCAGAUGCCGCCACCCACUCCUCAAAACCCACCAAACAUAAAUCCCUCAUCCGAUUCCGCCUCACCACCACCACCCCAGACCCCAGCGACCUCUCACGCCAGAUACCGAAAGAGAACGUUUUCCGCGUGAAGUCGCUGGACGAGAAAAUCGUCAAAGAACAGUUCGACGCGUUUUGUAGCGAGAUUCAGGUCGAUGAAGCAGAUAAGGAGGGGAGCUGGGGGUUGCUGCUGAAGGCGCUGGAGGCGAAACGGGAGAAGAUGGGGUGCGGCGUAGUGGCUGGAGCUUACCUGGGUAUCUGAAAGAAGGCGGCGUAUGGAGAGGACUUGGGAGCCCAACCUGUGGCGAAUGAGCAUCCCCUUCCUGAGAGCACCUUAACAGACCGAGUCAUGGCGUACCAUACCCAGUGUCAUGUGUGAUACAAAAUAUACCGAACCAGUUGCCAUUCACGUUCAUAUGUCGCAGGUUCUCUGGCCAGA